AAGGGAAAACUAGGUCGUUUUCUCAUCGACACUUUUUCCUAUCUUAAUUUGUUGAAUUGAUCCCACUUAGCUUCUCUCCUCCCUUCCUCUGUUACCUUCUUCGCGCCUCUGCUGCACCCAAUCCCUUCCUCCUCCUUCAUGCUUCCAAUUCCGACCACGAUUUUUCUGUGUGAUUUACUCGACUAAACAAACCCAAAUUUCUAUUUCCCUUCAACAUUUUCCCCCUCCCCUGCGUUCCUUCGAUUCAGCUCUUAUGUAUCAGCUAAAGUACACGGUUCACUCACCAAUCUCUCAACUUUUUGCCACAAAGGUAUCCCUGCACCGAGGCCUAUGGGGAUGAUUAAAUUUCCCGGAACUAGGGGCUGUGGAGCUUUAUAUUUUAAGUUGCAAUAUUUCAGCCACUGGAAUAACUCAGAGAGUGAAGAACGGGUGGUCCAGGAGAAAGAAAGACACCCUUUUCGAUCAAGUUGUGUUUACGGUUUUGAUAUGAUUAAACAGAAGUUUUCGUUGCCUAGUUUAGGAUACAAAUUUGGUGGACAAGACCCCACUACAUAAAGAACUAUCAAUCUCAGUAUGAGAAGCUGUUUGUUUGGCCUCAGUUUUCAAGGAUUUACUAGUUUGUACAGAUAUGAUGAUGACGCUAAGGGGGUGUCAACCUAGUUGAGAUAUUCGGAUUUCUGCAAUGUAAAUGGAGACAGGUUUCCUUGUUCAAGCCUUCAUUCCAAGCUUGUUGUUCUCUGUAUUCAGCAACCACUGCUCCCAAGUAUUACUUGGAUGGAGUUGAAAAUGAGAAAAGGGAGAUUGAUUUCAAUCGACUUUUCCUUUUCUGCACAAAAGUACACCUUGCUAAGCAACUCCAUGGACUACUUGUUGUGUCUGGGAAGACCCAGAGCAUCUUUCUUUCUGCUAAACUCAUCAAUCGCUAUGCUUUUCUUGGUGACAUAUCACAUGCUCGUCUUACUUUUGACCAAAUUCAGACAAAAGAUGUCUACACAUGGAAUUCCAUGAUAUCUGCAUAUGCUCGAAUCGGUCAUUUCCAUGCAGCUAUAGAUUGUUUCAAUGAAUUUUUGUCAACUUCUAUCCUUCAGUCUGAUCAUUACACAUUUCCACCUGUUAUUAGGGCAUGUGGAAAUCUAGAUGAUGGGAGGAAAAUACAUUGUUUGGUUCUAAAAUUGGGUUUUGAAUGUGAUGUCUAUAUUGCGGCUUCUUUUAUCCAUUUUUAUUCUCGGUUUGGCUUUGUCAGUUUAGCUUGUAACUUGUUUGAUAACAUGAUGAUUCGAGAUAUUGGUACUUGGAAUGCUAUGAUUUCGGGGUUUUGUCUUAAUGAUAAAGUUGCAGAAGCAUUGGAAGUCUUUGAUGAGAUGCGAUUAAAGAGUGUAACUAUGGAUUCUGUAACAAUCUCAAGUUUACUCCCUAUUUGUGCGCAGUUGGAUGAUAUAAUUUGGGGCGUCCUAAUUCAUGUCUACGCCAUCAAGCUUGGGUUGGAAUUUGACUUGUUUGUGUGUAAUGCAUUGAUAAACAUGUAUGCCAAAUUUGGUGAACUGAGAAGUGCAGAAACCAUUUUCAAUCAAAUGAAAGUUAGGGAUAUUGUAUCUUGGAACUCUCUGCUUGCAGCAUUCGAGCAGAAUAAAAAGCCAGUGAUAGCUCUUGGGGUGUAUAAUAAGAUGCACUCAAUCGGCGUUGUACCCGACUUAUUGACACUCGUGAGUUUGGCUUCUGUUAUUGCUGAACUUGGCAAUUUUUUAAGUAGUAGGUCUAUUCAUGGAUUUGUUACAAGGAGAUGUUGGUUUCUACAUGAUAUUGCCCUUGGUAAUGCAAUUAUAGACAUGUAUGCAAAGCUCGGGUUUAUAGAUUCAGCACGAAAAGUUUUCGAAGGACUUCCCGUCAAAGAUGUGAUCUCAUGGAAUAGUUUGAUAACAGGUUAUUCUCAAAAUGGUUUAGCAAAUGAGGCAAUUGAUGUUUAUUGUUCGAUGAGAGAUUAUAGCAAUGCAGUUCCGAACCAGGGCACUUGGGUGAGCAUUCUCACAGCACUUUCCCAGUUAGGAGCCUUGAAACAAGGGAUGAAAACACAUGGUCAGCUGAUAAAAAAUUUUCUGUACUUCGACAUCUUUGUGAGUACUUGUCUUAUAGAUAUGUACGGAAAAUGUGGAAGAUUAGCUGAUGCACUAUCUUUAUUUUAUGAAGUACCCCAUAAAAGUUCGGUUUCUUGGAAUGCCAUCAUAUCAUGUCAUGGACUUCAUGGAUACGGUUUAAAAGCUGUCAAGUUAUUUAAGGAAAUGCAAAGUGAAGGAGUGAAGCCUGACCACAUCACUUUUGUAUCUCUGUUAUCUGCUUGUAGCCAUUCAGGCUUGGUUGAUGAGGGCCAGUGGUGCUUCCAAUUGAUGGAAGAGACUUAUGCGAUAAGGCCUAGCUUGAAGCAUUAUGGCUGCAUGGUAGAUUUGUUUGGCAGGGCUGGCCAUCUCGAAAAAGCUUACAAUUUUGUAAAAAAUAUGCCAGUACAACCCGAUGUUUCUGUGUGGGGUGCACUUCUUGGUGCUUGUAGGAUACAUGAGAAUGUAGAGUUGGUCAGAACUGUCUCAGAUCACUUGUUGAAGGUUGAAUCAAAAAAUGUUGGCUACUAUGUUUUGUUAUCGAAUAUUUAUGCAAAAUUUGGACAGUGGGAAGGAGCCGAUGUAGUGCGUUCGAAAGCUCGAGAAAGGGGAUUGAAGAAGACUCCUGGGUGGAGUUCAAUUGAAGUAGACAAGAAAAUUGAUGUCUUUUACACUGGCAACCAAACACAUCCAAAAUGUGAGGAGAUAUACAGUGAACUGAGGAAUCUAACUGCUAAAAUGAAGAGUAUUGGUUAUGUUCCAGACUAUAACUUUGUAUUGCAGGAUGUUGAGGAUGAUGAAAAGGAAAACAUUCUCACUAGCCAUAGCGAGCGAUUGGCAAUGGCAUUCGGGAUUAUCAGCACGCCACCAAAAACAACCCUUCAGAUCUUCAAAAACCUACGGGUUUGUGGAGACUGCCAUAACGCUACUAAGUUCAUAUCUAAAAUUACUGAAAGAGAGAUCAUUGUGAGAGAUUCAAACCGAUUCCAUCAUUUCAAAGAUGGAGCUUGUUCUUGUGGUGAUUAUUGGUGAUAUUUUCAUAAAGAACAUGCGAUAAACAAGAUUCACUUUAUUCAUUUUUAAGUUAGGCAAACAUGAACAGGCACAUAAAGCACAGUUUUGCUUUGAA